UUUAUUCUCGCCUUCCUUUCUUCCCGAGACGGCGAGCACCGCUCUUGAUCCUCGGUGGAUUCCCCUCCCCGCCUGCCCCCCGUUUUCGCGACGCCGUCGACCGCUCGAGACAGAGCAAUGGACAACCAGCGGCGGACUCGCAAGCGAAGUGUUUGUGAGCUGAGCGGACGGGACCUGCACCCGUGCAGCAGCGAGCAGAGCCUGAGCAGCAAUGCGAGCCUUCCAGUAUGCCAUGCGGGCCGGGCUACGAAGGCCGGGCGGCGAGCUGGGCCGUGUGCUUCGAGCGUCUGCUGCACGACCCCCUCGGCCUGCAGCUCUUCACGGCUUUUCUCAAGAAGGAGUUCAGUGAGGAGAACAUCAUGUUUUGGCAGGCGUGUGAAGACUUUCGACAGAUCCCGUCGGACCAGGCUGCCCAGCUCUUUCAGACGGCGCGUCGGAUUUACGAGCGAUUCCUGUCGGAGAAGGCUGCCAUGCCCGUCAACAUCGACAGCCAGGCGCACAUUUCGGACGACAACCUGAAUGCUCCGCACCCUGCGAUGUUCCACGUGCAACAGCAACAGAUCUUUAACCUGAUGAAGUUCGACAGCUAUUCACGUUUUCUCAAGUCGCCCCCGUACCAGGAGUGCCUACUCGCCGAGGUGGAGGGCCGCCCUCUGUUGUCGGCGCUUGCCGACGCAGGCCACACGGCCGCCACCGAAAAGCCCGGCAGCGCGUCCAGCACCGUGGUCACGCCCAAAAAGGUACGCCGCUAUCGCUACUCGCUCAUCUCCAAAAAGAUCUGACGCCUUUUCCUCCUUGGCGAUUUAUUGCUACACUCCUGCCCCGAGUCAAGAUGAG